UAACAAAUCUAAAAAAUAUAUCAUUAAAUCUUCCAUGCUACCGUAUAAAACGCCGCGGUAAGUGGAAGUGAUAAACUGACGCAGCGGCGGAAGCUCUAAUAAAAGUCCAGAUUCUAGACUCUUGACUUCUUCGCAAAUCUGUAAGAAAUCAAAUCAGGAAAAAGAAAAAAAAAAAAAAAAAAACUUCCCAAAACGAAAUUCCAAAAAGAUGGAGAAGAGAUGGGGAAAGAUGUGGACUUUGAUGGGCUUGCUUCUUUUGAAUUGGGUAAGUAACGCUUCCUCCCUUUCGGUUACCGUAAAUGAUGUCGAAUGCGUGUAUGAGUACGUCCUAUACGAAGGGGACACGGUUUCGGGCAACUAUGUCGUCGUCGACCACGAUAUUUUCUGGAGUUCUGAUCACCCCGGCAUUGAUUUCACUGUGACUUCGCCUGGGGGUAAUAUAGUUCAUAAUUUGAAGGGGACAUCUGGGGACAAGUUUGAAUUCAAGGCUCCACGAAAUGGAAUGUACAAAUUUUGUUUUCACAAUCCCUACUCUACACCAGAGACCGUUUCUUUCUAUAUUCAUGUUGGCCAUAUUCCCACUGAGCAUGAUCUUGCCAAAGAUGAACAUUUGGACCCAAUUAAUGUUAAAAUUGCUGAGCUGAGAGAGGCUUUGGAAUCUGUUACAGCAGAACAAAAGUACUUGAAAGCACGUGAUGCUCGGCAUCGUCAUACAAAUGAGAGCACAAGAAAGCGUGUUAUAGGUUAUACGGUUGGAGAAUACAUUCUGCUAGCUCUUGUUAGUGCACUUCAAGUUAUCUAUAUCAGGCGUCUCUUCAGCAAAUCAGUUGCAUACAACAGAGUUUGAGCGACCUGAUUAUUGAUUUUAUUUCCAUGUUCCAUUAACCAGAGGAUCAUAGGGAGAAUCCGAAUCGACAGUUUAAUGUUUUAUGUUAUUCAUGUAUUGUAUUUCGAUCACACUGUAGCUUUAUGACAUAAUCUAACUUUUUUACUUAUAUUAUUAUUAUUAUUAUUAUUGAAAUCUU